GACAUAGACCAAUCUCGCAAGAAAUGGAUAACUACGGCUACGGUAGUUCUUCCUACGGAGGAGGCGGCGGCGGCGGCGGUGGUGGUGGUGGAGGAGGAUUCAUGCCUGGAGAGAUGACAAGUCCAGCUGGAGGAAAGGGCGAAGGAAACAACUCAACGCUCCGCCCCAUCACAAUCAAACAAGCUCUCGACGCCACACAACCCUACCCUGAGGCCAACUUCCAGAUUGACGGCGCCGACGUCGCCAGCAUCUGCUUCGUCGCGCAGGUCCGCAACAUCAGCACGCAAAGCACAAACACCACCUACAAGCUAGACGACGGCACGGGCGAAAUCGAAGCCAAGGAGUGGGUGAAUCCCAGCGCGCCCGAUUCCAUGGAUACAACGGAGGACGAGAAGGCCGCGGCUGCAUCAUCCGGCCCCGGAGCGAACGCCAAAGUCGAGGUGAACGGGUACGCCAAAGUGUACGGGAGGCUGCGGACCUUCUUCGGCGAUAAACGGGUGGUGAAUACGCAUUGUGUGCGGCCGUUGACGGACAUCAAUGAGUUGCAUUUCCACAUGCUUGAGGCUGCUGCUGUGCAUCUUUUCUUCGCGCGGGGCCCGCCUGGUCUUCCUCGCGCGGGUGAUGCAGCGAUGGCCGGCGGCGGGGAUCAGAAUGCUCCUCAUGGCCAUGAGAGCACGUUGCCUCAUAUGAGUGCUGUUGCGCGGAGGGUGUAUGACUUGCUGAAUACGGAACGACAGAGUAAUGAGGGGUUGCACAAGCAGUUCAUUGCCGCGAGAUUGGGUCUUUCUUUGCCUGAGGUGGCCCGAGCUAGUCAGGAGUUGCUUAACUCUGGUGUGGUUUUCGCGACUCUGGAUGAGGAUACAUUGGCUAUCCUGGAGUACUAGGUUGUUUUCUCUAUUAAUCUUUUUUUUUUUCUUUCUUUUUUUUUUU